GUGAAUGGAUGGACCCACCCUCCAGCUGUUUAUAAGUCAGAGUGCGAUGGUUUGGAGCUCAAGGUGUGCGACAGAGAGCGAGUGAAGCAUCCGACUCUGCGAUGAGGACCCCAGGGAUUUUGAUCGUAGGCCUGGUGCUUGCGCCCUGCGGAUGGAUCCUGGACCUGACCAGCACGGUUGCGCCCAACUGGCGGCAGCUCUAUAACGUGGCUGGAGAGUCCGUGAGCACGGUGAUCAACCAGGGCAUCUGGGACAUCUGCAAGACCUUCACGACAAGCAGUGAUGAGACCUGCAACCUGAGAGGCACCGACCAACCGUAUUUUAACAACCAGGUCGUUACGGUUGCGCAAGGAAUGAUGGUCGCGUCGUUGAUCUUGACCUUAGUCGGGCUGGCCGUGGUGACGCCGGCUGCGCGCUGCUGGACCGACAAGCGUCCCCGAUGGCGCCUUGCAGGAUUCGGGGGUCUGCUCAUUUUCUGCUCAGGGGUGCUCACGAUCAUCCCGAUCGCGUGGUAUACGCAUAUCUUGACCAGCCUUAACACGACUACCGUCUUCAUCAACCCGCAACAGCCGGACAUCCGGGUGGGUUACUGCAUCGUUCUGGGUUACAUCGGCGGGAUCAUGGAAGUGAUCGGCGGGUUGACCCUGUUCGUCGGGAUCUGUCGGUGCUGCGGCGGACGGAACCGCGGAGAGAAACCGCAAACAGCGCGCCCGGUCCAGACCUCUGUUCGCGCGCCCAAUCCGGCUCCGUAUCCAAGAACCAACAUCCCGAGCAGCGUUACGCGCAACAACUCGAGCAUGCCGGCGUAUUCCCGGGACUCCCUGGACGAUGACUUUGAUUACCCCAGAGCCAAAUCUUCAAAGAAAGGCAUGGAUAACCCUUCCUUUGGCGCAAGACCUUACGACGCCGACCUGUGACUUGAUCUUUCAUCUGCUCCAUUUGAUCAUAUCCUCUAUAUACUUUGAUCUGGGUUAACUUAAGUUUCAGUCAUACCAAGUUUCUGAUGAUUAUGUAACAUCUGGAAUGUGUUCCCCUUUUCUAAAUGCCACAAUGAACACUUCAUCUCAUCUCAUCUCAUCUCAUCUCAUCUCAUCUCAUUAUCUCUAGCCGCUUUAUCCUGUUCUACAGGGUCGCAGGCAAGCUGGAGCCUAUCCCAGCUGACUACGGGUGAAAGGCGGGGUACACCCUGGACAAGUCGCCAGGUCAUCACAGGGCUGACACAUAGACACAGACAACCAUUCACACUCACAUUCACACCUACGGUCAAUUUAGAGUCACCAGUUAACCUAACCUGCAUGUCUUUGGACUGUGGGGGAAACUGGAGCACCCGGAGGAAACCCACGCGGACACGGGGAGAACAUGCAAACUCCGCACAGGCUCGAACCCGGACCUUCUUGCUGUGAGGCGACAGCGCUAACCACUACACCACCGUGCCACCCACAAUGAACACUUGAUAACAGGAAUUAAUAUUAAACUCAAAAACUAGCUUUAAUCUCAAGUGUCUCCUCACAGCAAGAAGGUUCUGGGUUUGGUGCCAGCGAGGGCCUUUUUGUGUGAUGUUUGCAUGGGUUUCCUCCGCUUUCCCCCACAGUCCAAAGACAUGCAGGUUAGGUGAAUUGGUGGCUCUAAAUUGACCUGUGUCAGCCCUGCGAUACCCCACCUCUUGCCCAUAGUCAGCUGGGAUAGGCUCCAAGUUCAUAAUGAUUAUUUAACAUCUGGAAUGGAACCUUAGCUGUGUAAUAUUUCCCCUUUUCUAAAUGUCACAAUGAACACAAUGCUCAAGCAUAAUGCCACUUGAUAACAGGAAUUAAUAUUAAUCUCAAAAACUAGUUUUAAUCUCGGGUGGCGUAGUGGUUAGUACUGUCGCCUCACAGCAAGAAGGUCCUGGGUUCGAGCCCAGCGGCCGGCGAAGGCCUUUCUGUAUGGAGUUUGCAUGUUGCCUGUGUGGGAUUCCUCCGGUUUCCCCUACAGUCCAAAGACAUGCAGGUUAGGUUAAUUGAUGGCUCUAAAUUGACCGUAGGUGUGAAUGGGUGUCUGUGUCUCUGUGUCAGCCCUGCGAUAACCUGGAGACUUGUCCAGGGUGUACCCUCUCGCCCAUAGUCAGCUGGGAUAGGCUCCAGCUUGCCUGCGACCCUGUAGGACAGGAUAAGCGGCUACAGAUGAUGGAUGGAUGGUUUUAAUCUCAUACCCAAAAUGUUUUUACGCAUCAAAUACAAUAAACAACCUUGAAGUUGCCCUCGGCUAGAGAAGGAUUAAACUGUGCAUAAAAUACCUUAUUGCUUAUAAAGGCACCUCCAAUAACAGAUCACUAAAAUAUGGCAUGUUUAUCAGUACAGCCUCUAAUCACUAUUGCUGAUGGGAAAUGGGAUUUUACUUUGUUUAUGUGCCUGAUUGAGCGAGAACUUGAGUCAGAGGUAAACAGAUGAGGCUGAACACAGUAUUGCCAUGCUUGAAGUUUUAACUUUGUAAAUACUGUAAAUAUUAUGUUGAAGUUGGAACCUGAACACCUUGGACUAUCAAUAAUACUAAUAUCAGUUAUUAAUAUAAAUGUUCGUUUGAAACGGGUUUGUUUCCAGUUUGCAUUAUGAUUUCAGGGAUCAGUAACACAUAAGGAGAAAAAAAAAGAAAAAGGAAAAUGAGUUCUAGGUCUUGAAUGAAACAAGACUGGUCUGUCUGGUCUUGGUGUGACUCCACCUUUCAUCCUGACACAAACGUGUUUAUCGGGGACAAGAAGAAAAUUGCUAGUUUGUUCCAUGUUCUUCAGCACUGAUUUGUUCAGAUGUAAAAUCCGAGUUUAAACACAUACUUUACUGUUCAGUCUUCUUUCACAAUUAAUGACCAACAGAUGUCUCAAUAACGACUUUUAUUAUUGACAGGAUACAUCAUUAUUGCAGAGAAAAAAAAAUGUUGAUAUUAUAAACACAGUGAACAUGUUUUAAAGACGUGUUUAAGCUCUAAGCAAGUUUCUUGUCUCAUGUUAUGCUGCAAGGAAUUAACAGGAUGUGCUGUUCGAGGAAAAUCAAUCAAUGAUGGUGUUGUUAUACAUUUUUUUUUAAAUUCCAACAUGUUUUACUCCUCUUAUACCACAGCAAUUUUCCAAUGCUUAGAUUUUUAUUUAUUAAAUCACAUUUAAGCAGUGAAUAAAACUUAAGAUAAAACUUGA